AUGGUCACACAAUUGGAAAAUGGUGAAAUUUCUUCAGGAAGAGGGUUGCAUCAAGAGACAAGUCUUGUAAGACCUGGAGACACAAGAUGGGGUUCUCAUUAUCAAACGAUACUUCGUAUAUUAUUAAUGUGGUCUUCAGUAAUGGAAGUGCAUGGAAAUGUGCAUGAUGAUGCGACUGGUUCAAAGGAAAAAGGUGCAGCUUUGGAUUUACUUGACCGAAUGGAAAAUUUUGAAUUCUUCCAAUCAUUUAGGGAGGAUGGAUGGAAUGAUCUUUUUGAUGAGAUUGACAAGUUUUGUGUUAAAAAUUCUAUCGAUGUACCUAAUUUGGAAGAUAGUUUACCGAAUCGUUGGCGGUUAGAACGUGAAGGUCAAACUAUAACAUAUUCUCGUCAUUUCCGUGUGGAAAUAUUUUUUGAGGUUAUUGAUGUGAUUGUGCAAGAGAUGAAUGACCGUUUCUCUAAAGGAAAUCUAGAGUUGCUUUCUUGCUUAACCUGUCUUGAUCCACGACAAUCGUUUCCUAGAUUUGAUGCCUUGAAAUUGCAUCGUCUUGCCGAGCUUUAUCCAGAAGAUUUUUCUACAUUUGAUUUGAUUCUGUUGAGUGAUCAAUUGGAGAUAUACAUACAUGAUGUGAGAUUGACGACGAGCCCAUUUUACAACGCUUGCAAGGUUUGCAAACGCGAAGAAUACAAUUGCCUUCCCGCUAUUGACUAA